CCCUGAUCAAAGUCUGCCUUGGCAAAACUAGAUUCCGUACGCGAUAAAAUCAAUUUCAUAUACGUAUUUUCGAUUGCUUGCUUUCUUUAUUGUACCUAAAGUUCUGUUUCUCUUUUCUCAAUCGUUCGAUUUUUGGUUUGUAGGCAUUCACUGAUCGCCAUGGCCAAGAGCUCCUUCAAGUUGGAACACCCCCUCGAAAGGAGACUGGCAGAAGCUGCUCGUAUCAGGGAGAAGUAUCCAGAUAGAAUUCCAGUUAUCGUGGAGAAAGCUGAAAGGAGUGACAUCCCUGACAUUGACAAGAAGAAGUUAAUAUCUUAUCUUGUUCCUGCUGAUUUGACUGUCGGGCAGUUUGUCUAUGUUGUCCGGAAGAGGAUAAAGCUUAGUGCUGAGAAGGCCAUCUUUAUCUUUGUGAAGAACAUUUUGCCACCCACUGCUGCCAUGAUGUCUGCAAUUUAUGAGGAAAACAAAGAUGAGGAUGGUUUCCUUUACAUGACAUACAGUGGCGAGAACACAUUUGGAUCAUUCUGAGUGCAUUAGCAAAGCUGAUAUUAUGUAAAUAAGAAACAUGCUGAAAUAUGUAAAUUCUUAGUUGUCUAUCUAUCUGGUGCUACUGUUAUCCUUAGUUUUAUCUUGCUCUUGUCAGACUGUUCCCAUACCUAAUUUGGAUAUUUGAGCACUCAUGCUUUGAAUUAGUAAAUAUUUAUAUUUUUGCUUAGA